AUGCGUUCAGCCGCGGCAUGGGCUGUGCUGGCCCUUGCACAUGGCGCGCGGACCAAGGAGUCUGAGCGGCGCGCGGAGCAGGAGGCCGACCUCUCGCUGAUCCCGGACCUCUCGCUGUACCCUCGCGAGUUUGUGGGGCCCGAAAGCCUUACCAAACACCAGGAGGCACAGAUCCAGGAGCGACUCGCGCGCUGCUACAUGCCACGUGCGGACCGACAGUACCAGGAUGUUCGCUGGCAACCUGCCCUGGACAGCUACAUGCGCAAGGAGGCGACGAAGGGCUUGCAGAAGAUGCCUCGGGCGGUGGUCAUGAGCAUGGAGCACGUCAUGCCCUGGGGAAAGCAUUGGGUGAAUCAGUACAUGCCCCACCACUGGGUGGCUGCGGUGGUCCCGGAUCUGGACGCCGCGCCAAGCGCCCACUGCCUGGACUUCGAGUACAAGGACAACCCUGAGGGUGAUCCCAACGGCUGUGGCUUCUUUUGGCGCUCCUUCCAGCCGGUGCAGGAGCUCAACCGCUGCAUCAUGGACGCCCUGGAGCAGAGCCGCAGUUGGAGCGGCAGGAAGGCCAUCAUGGGUGCGGAAAUGGCGGUGUCGAAUGCGCUUCUGGUACUGCAGGCGGAGGGCCGCCGCUUUGUGGUUUCGGCCCAGCCGGCGAAGUGGAAUGAGAAGGAUCUGCCGGCAAGGCGCUUCACGGCGACCCGAUACUGCCCGGACGACCCGAGCGACGAGGAGAGUCCGGAGGAGGUGUGCCAGCAGGAGGGCGGCAAGCUCCAGGUCGAGGUGGAGGAGUGUGAGUACAUCAACGCCUUGUGGGGGGGCGGUACGGUAUCCGAGGGUGGGAACAUGACAGUGGAGUGUGCAGAGAUGAAAGCUGGGACCGACCAGACCCUGCAGGAAAUCCUAGUGGGGCGGGAGGCGGUCGCCGUUGACUGCAGAGUUGGUCCCGAUGUGCGUGGCAAGGUGGUGCUGCACGCUGGCGCCUGUGCCACACCUCUGGCCCAGCAGGCGCAUGAGUAUGGGGCUGUGGCGGUGGUGCUCACCUCCAAGCCUCCACAGGGCUUUCCACAGAAGCUGCCCACCUUCGUGUCUGUGGAGCUGGAGACGCACAUGAAGCACAUGAAGGACACAGGCAAGCUCAGCAUCUCGGAGUACCAGCCACAGCCCCCUGAGGGCUCGGAGGUUGUGGCCAACUUCUCAGAGGAGGUUCGGAUCUUCCUGGCGGCGGAGGCCGCGCAUGAGGAUGCCGCCACCUGGUUGGACACCCGGGACAGGAGCUACGAGCUGAUCAAGAGCGUGGCUCUCGCGGAGCUGAGCGAGGCGCUGGAGGAUGCGCGGGAGGCGGUGAGGAGAGCCAUGCGGAAGAGCUGCACGCAACCGUCGAAGUCCAAGUUUGAUCAGAUCGAUGGCCCGACGGAGCACAAGAUCCUGCAGUGCUAUGGGUUGCAAGAGUCUGCGCCCAAGCGCGAGCGGAACGGAGGACGCGGGCUCCCAGGGCUGGACCUGGAAAAACUCCGGGACCUGCAGCUGGACCUGCACGAGUCUGAAAGCUCGCUGCAGGAGCUUGCGGCAGCCAAGGUGCCUUCAGAGGUGCUGGUUUUGCACGAGGCCUCCCGGUGCCUCCCCGUGAUGUGGGACAAGGUGCAGAUCCCGGGGCUGCCGCUGCCACAGGUCUGGGAUGCCGCGAAGGGCUUCCCCGGGGCCCCAGGAAUCGAGCUGGUGGACAGCUUCCAGGUGCAUCCUGUUUGUGCUCGCCUGAGCUUGGCCAUGAUCGCCCAUGAGAUGUCCAAAGUGCCGUACCCCAUAGGCUGGAGCAGUACCUUCGAUCUUAUGAAGAAAGGCAAUCCCCAAUGGAUCUCUAAGCAUCUCCUCGACUACUGCCUGAACCCGGACUCUGCGGUGUGUACCUCCUUCACUGUGUGCUGGGCGCUGAUUCUGCGGCACGUCACCAAGUUGGUGCACCGCUUCUGCAACGAGUCGGCACGAGCCUUUCCUGAGAUGCCCAUCUUAGCCCUGGCCACACUUUGCCUAGCACAGGCUGGCCGACUUCGCAGGUCUCGGCCCUUCAGGCAGAUCUUGCACAACCACCAGGACGUGCAGUACUUCGCUGACUUCAAGAUCGGGGGCCAAGCCAUCGCAGCCAUCUUUGACACCGGCUCCUUCGAGAUCGUGGUGCGGUCUUCCCGGUGCACACGCUGCGUGCACCCCACGGCGCCCUAUGAGCACGAGCACAGCAAGACCUACCAGGAGAACGGCACUCUAACGCAGCACGUGUACGGGUCCGGACCCUGUACCACAAUGCUGGGCUAUGACACCGUGCAGGUCGGGCCGAAGAUGGUGGCAGUGCACCAGCCCAUCUGGGAGAUUGUCGAGCACGAGAUCCCGAUCUUGGACACCGCCAAGUUCGCGGCAAUCGUGGGGAUCGGUCCCAAGUUCGGCUACAACUCGGUGCAGAAGACCUUGCUGAUGAACUAUCACGUGGAUGAGUUCUCCAUCUGCCUCAACAAGGAGUCCGGCAAGAACGGCUACCUCACCUGGGGUACCGACGUUGUCCACAUGGAGCCGGAAGAUGUGGCCACGGCCCGGGUGUUUGGCAAGCACCACUGGGCCACCAACCUGAGCCACAUCGCCACCAAGGCCAAUUCUUCCGUCUCCGUGUGCCAGGAGGGCUGCGCCGCCAUCAUCGACAGCGGCACCUCGCUGAUCGCGGCCCCGGCGGCGGCGCUCAUGGAGCUGGGCCAGCAGAUCGGGCACAUCGCGGAGGACUGCUCCAACUUGCACGAGUUGCCCAACUUGCGCUUCAACCUGGACGGGCACGAGCUGGAGCUGCCGCCGCAGGCCUACGUCAUGAGGGUGGUGGGUGCAAGCGUGGAGGCGGACAGCAUCUGGGACCUGCUCUUCUUUAAGCCCAAGAUCCGCAAGAUCGACUCCUGCAUGCCCGCCUUCAUGGAGAUGGACAUGAGCACCCAGCUGGGCCCCGUGUGGAUCCUGGGCAUGCCCUUCUUCCGCUACUACCACACCACCUUCAACCGGGAGCGCCAGGUCAUGCGCUUCGCCAAGGCAGGUGAGGACUGCGAGCCCCAGUCCAUUCGUGCCCGGGAGGAUGGCGACAACGUCUUCCUCGCCAGCCGUGCGGCCAGCGAUGCGGCGUACAAGCCUCUGGAGGUGGACCUGAAGCAGGUGCUGCCGCCCCGCUUCGCUCUGCAGUACAGCGACAGCCAGAAGGCCGACCUCGACCUCUGAGGCAUUUGAGACCUUGAGGCGACAGCAACCAGGGGCCAGUUGAUUGCUGAGAGGACUUGGCCUCCAAAUGGUUUCCUCU